AUGGAGAAAUUAGCGUCGAAUAUUCGACGAGUGUACAAAUUAGUCUAUCAAGAUAAACAAAUUACGCUAACUCAUGAUGAUGAAAACAUGCUUGAAAAUGCUUGUAGAAAAGCUCUUUCAAAUGAACUAUUUGUAUUUUUGGAGUCUUUGGAUGCCGUAGAUAACCUUUUACCCUUCGUGAUACAUUAUAUUACAACACUCGACGAUUUAGCAGAAGUUAUUUUUAAUGAAAGUCAAUCAUCAAACUUAGAACUUCAUCCAACUAUCGCCGCUAAAUUAAAGUCAAAAUUAGAAUUAAGAUAUAAGUUUCUCGUGUGUGGAGGGUUAAAGGAUGAUGAAAGUUCGAUCAAGCUACUUAAUUCUAUCUGUGAACAACAUCCAAAUUUAUUAUCGUUUCGCAAGCUAUCCUACGAUAGAUUAGUUUCCGAUUAUCUCUCAGGAGUCAAAGAAUAUCAAAAAGACAUAAUAGAGAAUGUUUGGAUGGAAGGAAACGAGCUGCGAAUGAAGAUGAAGCAAUAUGAUUUACCAUUCUCAUGGCUCGAUAAAUUAGCAGAAUUAGGCGUCAGUCGACCUGAUCAAUUGACGGAUAAUGUUGUGAAUAGACUUGUACAAAUGGAUAAAACCGCAAUGGAUAAACAGCUAAGCGAGUUCAAAACGGACAAGGAAAAAAUGAGUCUUACCUAUGAUAAACACAAUACGUUUAAAGCAAAUUUAACUGAGAUGACGAAGAAGGAAAGUCGUCAGGGUAAAGAGGAAACGGCAAAUUAUGAAAAAGAAUUGAAAAAACAAAGAGAACUCACAGACAAAUCAAUUGAAAGUGUCAAGAAUAUAAAAGCAAACUUGGAAAAAUCCGGUCAAAAUAAUAAAGAUCAACUAAAAUCAAAGCUAAAGGAUAUCGAAUCAAAAUUCAAAACUGACUGGCACAUUAAUGAAGAUCAAUUAAGCAGACCUGAAGAACUACUGAACCAAGUGCUAUGCGAACUAAACGAAAGGAAGACACAAUUGGAUUUAGGUGAAGCGUACAAAUCAGAUGAAGAUAUCAUCGAACGUAUAAGCGGUGGAAUUGCAUUGUGUGGUAUAGAUUUAACUGAUCCAAAAAAACUGUCUGAAAGGAUAGACCGUCCAUUGUUGUCUCGUCCGAUUUCUUGCCUACUCAAAAGUCCUUCAUUAACAGGUGGAAAGAAGUCUAAAACGUUUACUAGUCUCGAAGCGUCAAAUCAAUUCACACAAACAAUAAAAACGAGUGGUAUUACAGUUGCUACUGACAUUUCAGCAUCUGUCUUAAUCGUUCAUGCCAAUGCCGGAUUUUCUAGAAGUUCCGAAGAGAGAUCAAAUUCUUCUGAUCAACAAAGGACAUUGUCAAAAAUAGCAACUCGAGUCGAGUAUGUGUCCGCACCAAUGAAAUGUUUCCGAAUAUCUCCCGAGGAAAUGAAACUAUCAACAGAAGCUGAAAACGAAUUGAUCAAAGUUGAUACUUUACCAAGAGCAAGAGUUUUUUUACAUCGAUUCGGCUCGCAUUUGAGUGACGGAACACAACACAUCGGAGGAGUAUUUAUUCGCACGGUCACAGUGAAAGCCGAAGAAGAGACAAAUGUGCAGGAAUUGGAAAACAUAGCAGGCAACACAAUGAGUGCUUCGGCAAGUGUUGGUGUUUCAUAUUCGACUUGGAGUGCUGGAGCCGGUGUAUCAGCCGAACGAUCCAAAGCAGAAGGAUCACUAGAGGGAACGCAGAAAGUCAAAGCUCAAACACAAGUCACAACACACACUGAUUGCAUGGGUCCAUACUGUCUUAAUCCUGAUUUAUUCGUACAAAUGUUAUAUUCAAACAAUUCCUCGUGGCAUGUGAUUGACCGUGGUCCAUUAUCAUCAUUUAUACCGAUUUGGAGAGUUAUUUUCCGACGAGACUCGUAUCGACCAGAAAUAGUUGCAGCAGCAAAGUUACUCCAACGAGCAUGGCUAUCUGAAGCAAUAGUUCAUGUAUAUAAUCCACUAAUUAAAAAUUUGAUUAACGAAGAAAUGCAACAUUUAGAACAUAGUGAGUACAUUUUGUUUGGUGCUGGAAAGUCUGUUUUCAAAAGUGUUUCUUCAGAUUUCAACGUAAUGUGA